CUAGAUUUUCAGAAUCUCCCUAUCAAUAUGUGAUAUCCUCCCACUCUCAUUUAUAACUCUCUCCCUAUAGAACGACAAAAAAAGUUUAUUCCUCAUCAAACAUUCAUUCUCUCUCUCUCUCUCUCUCCCUCUUUUUCUCUCCCUAGCUAUAGUUUGUUUUUCACCCUAAAAAAAAAAAAAAAAAAACACAAGCUGCAUGAACUCAACAAGUAACCACUAUAAACAAGCUAUUACUAGGGUUUGAUCAAAGUCAUCAUAAGAAAAGGAAAGAAGAGAUUUUGAUAAUUAAUAUGGGGUGGAUUAUAGGAUUAUGGUCUUUGAUGGGUAUUUUUUUAUGUUGGUGGUAUCUAUGUGUGAAGAAGGAGAAUAAAGUGAUGAAGAAAGGAAAAAUUCCAAAAGGGAAUAAAGGUUGGCCUUUACUUGGAGAGACCCUUGAUUUCAUUGCUUGUGGAUACACCUCUAAUCCGGUUAGCUUCAUGGAAAAACGCAAGUCUUUGUAUGGCAAUGUGUUCAAGACAAGCAUUUUAGGAACGGGUGUAAUUGUGUCCACGGAUCCAGAAGUGAAUAAGGUGAUUCUACAAAAUCAAGGGAAUAUCUUUGUCCCUGCUUACCCAAAAUCAAUUAGAGAACUAAUGGGAGAACACUCUAUACUACAAAUGAAUGGAAACAUGCAUAGGAAAAUUCAUUCACUCCUUGGAGGAUUUAUGAGAUCCCCACAAUUCAAAGCUAGAAUCACAAGAGAUAUUGAGUAUUCUGUCAAACAAUGUUUAGCUACUUGGACACAUCAACCAACAAUAUAUGUUCAAGAUCAAGUUAAAAAGAUUACAUUUACUAUUUUGGUGAAAGUUCUGAUGAGCAUUGAUCCUGGUGAAGAUUUAUACAUGUUAAAGAGAGAAUUUGAAGAGUUCAUCAAAGGAUUGAUUUGCUUGCCAAUUAAAUUUCCAGGAACAAGACUAUAUAAAUCCUUGAAGGCUAAGGAGAGAAUGAUGAAAAUUGUGCAGAGAAUAAUAGAAGAAAGGAUUAAUUAUUAUAAGAAUAAUAAGGAUUGUGUGACAAAUGAUGUAGUGGAUGUACUCUUACAAGAUAAAGGUGACUCUAACACAAUUCCUAAUAUAUGGUUGAAAAAUAUGAGUGAGAAUAUUAUUGAGAUGAUGAUUCCUGGGGAAGAGACUCUUCCUACAGCUAUGACCAUGGCUGUCAAGUUUCUUAGUGACUCUCCUCUUGCUCUAUCGAAAUUAGUGGAAGAGAACAUGGAAUUGAAGAGGAACAAGAAUUGUUCUGAUGGUUAUGCAUGGACAGACUACCUCUCACUACAAUUUACUCAAAAUGUAAUCAGUGAAACUCUUAGAAUGGCAAAUAUUGUCAAUGCUAUUUGGAGAAAAGCUAUCAAAGAUGUAGAUAUUAAAGGGUACCUAAUUCCUAAGGAUUGGUGUGUUGUGGCAUCUCUUACAUCUGUUCAUUUAGAUGGCAUGAACUAUGAAAAACCAUUUGAGUUUGAUCCAUGGAGAUGGGAGAAAACUGAAGCUGGGACUAGAAACAAUUGUUUUACACCAUUUGGUGGUGGACAAAGAUUGUGUCCAGGGAUAGAACUCUCUAGGCUAGAGCUCUCUAUUUUCCUUCAUCAUUUUGUUACAACUUACAGAUGGGUUGCUGAAAAAGAUGAAAUCAUUUACUUUCCAACAGUAAAGAUGAAAAGGAAGCUCCCAAUUAGUGUGACAAGACAACCCUAAACCACUAACACAAUGAUUGAAUUGGAGAAUAUUAUAAUUCUUGUAUAUAUUUAAAUUUGGGACAUGGAUUUCCUAUUGAAAGAAAAGUACAUAUUUACAUGCAUUAAAUAAUUUCGGCCGUUAAUUUAAGAUGAACGACUCAAAUUACACAAUAAAAAAACAAAAAUAAUUGCAAA